CCAUUGCUCAUUGAAAGGCGGAAUGUCCACCAUGCAAGGCACAGCGCCAUGACGGCAACGGGUAAAGCUGCCAAAGGCGCUGCCGAGUCCCAAUGCCGUGAGCCAGAGCGACAAUGAGCCUCAGAUGCGCGCACGUUGGCGACCAAGUGGCAGGCUGUGGCAGGCACGAAGAUCGCCCGGGAUAUUAGCGCGGACCCUUGCCGUGACCUCUCAAGAAGUUUUGCGCCUGGCCAACAACACCACCCCAAAACACCCCUCUAUUCUUCCAAUUGCAUCCCAAACAAGCCGCCAUCAUGCCCGAGUACGUCAAGGUUGAGAGCAUCAUCCCCAAGGUCCCGCCGCCGGCCUUCAGCGACAUCGCAAAGGCCUCCAACGACCUCAUCAACAAGGACUUCUACCACACUGCCGCAGCUGCCCUUGAGGUCAAGCUCAAAGCCCCCAACGGUGUCAACUUCACUGCCAAGGGUACCUCUGCCCACGAUGGCCCCGUCACCUCCUCUCUCGAGGGAAAGAAGUCGCUCUCCAACGGCAUCAGCAUUACCCAGUCAUGGAACACUGCCAACCUGUUGGCUACCAAGGUUGAGCUCAACGACACCUUCGCUAGCGGCUUGAAGACUGAGGUCCUCUCCAACUUCAGCCCCGCGGCUGGUAACAAGGGCCAAAAGGUCAACCUUCACUUCAAGCAGCCUGCCUUCCACGGCCGUGCUUUCGUCGACUACUCUGCUGCUGGCGCCAUUGGCACCACCGCUGAUGCUGUCGUUAGCCACGAGGGCAUGGUUGUUGGUGGUGAGGUUGGCUACGACGUCCAGAAGGCUGCCAUCACCAAGUACUCGGCUGCCGUUGGAUACACCACUCCUCUCUACAACGCCGCUGUCACUGCCACCAACUCCCUGAGUGUCUUCACUGCCUCUUACUACCAGCGUGUCAACCCCGCUGUCGAGGCCGGUGCUCGCGCCGUCUGGGACUCAAAGUCCGGCAACAACGUCGGCCUUGAGCUUGCCGCCAAGUACAAGCUUGACCCUCUGUCUUUCGCUAAGGCCAAGAUCAACAACCUCGGCAUUGCUUCCCUCGCCUACAACACCAAGGUCAACAGCGGCCUGACCUUUGGCAUUGGUGGCUCCUUCGAUACCCAGAAGCUCAACGAGGCCGGCCACAAGCUCGGCACCAGCUUCACCUUUGAGGGUUAAGCGUCUCUUCGGGAUGCACCUGUAGUAGAUGACAGGAUGGAGAAAAAAUGAACAGAGCCUUUGACUUGCUUUGGUUCUUGCGAAGCGGUAUUAUAUCAAUAUAGUCUGGAAAGAAGACCAGUCGCCUUUGUGCUUUAUGCAGUAGGAUAAUCUUCUUCAAUGCAAGCCUUUCAAGACUAUGUACAUAUAUUCUACAUGGUCAAAUAUUGGCAUGGUGUGAUAUGACAUGUGAUUUUGUAGACAUGCAUGUUUCGAUUGGUUUCCGGAAUAUUUCUAGAAUCAGAU